AAUAACAUAUGUUAUAAGUGUUGCACAUCCAAUCAACACGUGGCCCGUAACUGUGAUGUAGCUGUUAAAUGUUCUGAAUGUGACUCCGAAAAACAUCCCACAGCUUUGCAUCCAGAUGUACCCUUCACUUCCCGCAAGUUUUCCCAGACAACAGCAGAUCACGGCGGGGAGAGAGAAGAAAUGCAGAAGGAAACCGUUCUUACAAGUUGCACUGAGGUAUGCGGGAAAGGAUUUUCAGGAAAGUCAUGUUCCAAAAUAUGCUUGGUCAAUGUUUACCCAGCUAACAAUCCCAGCAAUACCAAAAGAAUGUACGCAAUGUUGGAUGACCAGAGCAACUCGUCAUUAGCAAGAUCAGAGUUUUCUGAAAUGUUCAAAGUUAACAGCGUUCCAACACCUUACACUCUGCAGACCUGUGCUGGUGUAGGAGUAACAGCAGGUCGAAGAGCUUCUGGCUAUGUUGUACAGUCAAUAGAUGGUGCCUCCGCGAUUCCACUACCAACGCUGAUUGAGUGUAACAUGAUACCCAACAAAAGAAGUGAAAUUCCCACUCCAGCUGCUGCAGAAGGUCAUCACCACCUUGAACAUAUUGCGCACAAAAUACCAUCACUUGAUAGCAGUGCUGCGAUCCUUUUAUUACUGGGAAGAGAUGUUUUAAGGGUCCACAAAGUCCGCAGUCAGAUUAAUGGUCCACACAAUGCACCAUUUGCGCAGAAACUUGAUUUAGGCUGGGUGAUAGUGGGAGAUGUGUGCUUGGGCAGCAUCCAUCAACCUUCAGAAGUCACCAGUCUAAAGACUCACAUCUUGACAAAUGGGAGAACCACCCUUUUUCCCCCCUGCGAGAACCACUUCAAUGUCAAGCCAGAAGCCAGCUUACCAGACCGACUGCAAACUCAGAGUAGCAUGAACAAAAAACAAAGUGCAGACAGUCUAACCUUAGAAAGCAAUGUUUUCCAUCAGACCAAAAAUGACAACAAGCUUGCACCUUCCAUGGAGGACCUGCUUUUUCUCAAAAUAAUGGACGAAGAAUGCAUACAGAAUGAGACAAAAAGCUGGGUAGCCCCACUACCUUUUCGUCAGCCAAGAAAAAUACUGCCCAACAACUGCCAAUAUGCGGUCAGCCGCCUUAAGUCACUGCAACGCACACUCAACAAAAACCCUGAGAUGCAGUCCCACUUCAUAGAUUUUAUGCAAAAGAUGUUAGACAAUGGUCAUGCUGAGCUCGCACCCCCAGCGCAGGAGAGCAAAGAAUACUGGUAUUUACCCUUUUUUGGAGUAUACCAUUCCCAGAAGCAGUCGCAAAUAAGAGUGGUAUUUGAUUCCAGUGCCCAGUUUGCAGGUGCCUCACUCAAUGACAUACUGCUUGCAGGUCCCAAUCUAACCAACAGUCUACUUGGUGUACUCGUGAGGUUUAGAAAGCAUAAGGUUGCUGUAACUGCAGACAUUCAACAGAUGUUUUACUGCUUUUUGGUAAGAGAAGAUUGCAGGGAUGUCUUGAGAUUUGUGUGGCACAAAGACAACAAUCCAGAAAAGGACAUAGUGGACUACAGAAUGUGUGUCCAUGUUUUUGGAAAUAGCCCCUCCCCUGCAGUAGCAACUUAUGGCCUGAGAAAAGCAGCAGAACAAGGUGAAGCAAAAUAUGGGGCAGAUGCGCGUCACUUUGUCGACAGAGACUUUUACGUGGAUGAUGGGUUAAAAUCUCUUCCCACUGAGCAAGAAGCCAUCGAUCUUGUCAAAAGAACCCAAGAAAUGCUUGCAGCAUCAAACCUCAAGCUCCUCAAAAUAGCUUCCAACAAAGCUGAAGUGAUGGAUGCUUUUCCAGUAGAGGAGAGAGCUAAAGAUCUCCAAGCUCUGGAUCUGUUCAAGGAUGAACUUCCAGCCCAGCGAAGCCUUGGCAUUAAAUGGAACAUAAUGUUUAAUUAUUUCACCUUUCACAUUCCUCAGACAGACAAACCAUACACACAAAGAGGGGUUCUGUCAACAGUUAAUAGUGUUUUUGAUCCACUUGGGUUUUUGUCUCCAGUCAUUAUUCGAGGCCGGCUUCUCCUCAGAGAUCUUUCACUGCACGCAACAGAGUGGGAUGCUGAGCUUCCUGAAGACAUGAGAGGGAGGUGGAUUGAAUGGCAGCAGUCUCUUCAGUGCCUCAGAGAUCUACAAAUUCCACGUACGUACACUAACAUCCCAUUCUCCCAAGCUAAACACGUGGAGCUGUGUAUCUUCUCAGAUGCAUCAAUGAAAGCAAUAUGUGCAGUUGCUUAUCUCAAAGUUACCACUGCUGAGGGCAGAACAGAAGUUGGCUUUGUCCUUGGAAAGACACGAAUGGCCCCUCGACCGGAACCUACAGUUCCUAGGCUCGAACUCUGCGCAGCAGUAAUGGCUGUGGAAAUGUCAGAAGUGAUAAUCGAAGAGAUUGAUUACCAAAUACACCAGACUCACUUCUACACUGACAGCAAGGUGGUUUUGGGUUACAUCAAUAACCAGUCGAGGCGCUUCUACGUUUACGUAAGCAAUCGUGUCAGACGCAUCAGAGAGUCAACAACACCUGAACAAUGGCACUUUGUCACGACGGAUAAAAACCCCGCUGACCACGGUUCACGCUCCGUUCCAGCCUCAGAGUUGCAGAAUACGUCGUGGUUAACAGGCCCAGCCUUCCUGCACAGCUGUGCCGAGACCCAAUUAGAACAAUAUGAUCUACUGGACCCAGAUAAUGAUGCAGAGGUGCGUCCAGAAGUAAACACUCUCUGCACAAAUCUCACAAAAUCUGGAUUGGACACAAGACGCUGUGAACGUUAUUCUUCAUGGAAGUCACUGAAGAGAACUGUGGCAAAUUUGAUUCACAUCGCACAGUGUUUCGCCUCCUCCGAGACCAGAGAAAACUGCUCUGGGUGGCAUAUUUGCAAAACAGCCAUCACAUGUGAGCUGCUGGAGAAAGCUGAAAAUGUAAUCAUUAAGAAUGUCCAGCAAGAAACUUAUCCUGAUGAAAUCAAAUGUUUUGCAGCAAAACAAAAUCUGGCCAAAAAGAGCCCACUGAUAAAGCUUAAUCCCAUCAUUGGAAAAGACGGCCUUCUGAGAGUUGGUGGCCGCAUUUCUCACUCUGGCUUGGAAGCAAAAGAAACGAGACCUAUCAUUUUGCCGGGAACCCACCACAUAACUACCCUGCUUGUGCAACACCAUCAUGAAAGGGUCAACCAUCAAGGCAGGCACUUCACCGAAGGAGCAGUCAGAGAAAGUGGUUUGUGGAUUGUUGGAGCUAAAAGGUGCAUUGGGAAAGUUAUAAACAAGUGUGUCUCAUGCAAAAGACUAAGAGGGAAGUUUGAGGAGCAAUUAAUGAGUGACUUACCAACAGAACGUCUUCAAAUGGAGCCCCCUUUUACUUAUGUGGGUGUUGACAUCUUUGGCCCCUGGGAAGUGUUUUCAAGGCGUACAAGAGGAGGACAAGCAAACAGCAAACGAUGGGCUGUGCUAUUUACCUGCUUGUGUAUCAGGGCGGUACACAUUGAAGUAGUGGAAGGAAUGAGCUCAUCCAGCUUCAUCAACGCGCUGAGGCGCUUCUUUUCUCUGAGAGGCCCUGCAAAGCAGCUACGCUCUGACUGUGGCACUAAUUUUAUAGGAGCUCAGAAAGAAAUCACAGCUUCAGUGUCUAACCAAGACAAGGUACGACAGUAUUUGCAAGAGCACAAGUGCACGUGGGUAUUCAACCCUCCUCAUUCGUCCCAUAUGGGUGGAGUAUGGGAACGUAUGAUUGGCAUGGAAAGGCGCAUACUGGACAGUUUGUUGCUACAAGCUGGGCGUUCUCAGCUCACCCAUGAAAUCUUGACGACACUGCUUGCUGAAGUUACGGCUGUGAUCAACGCUCGCCCAAUAGUGUCAGUUUCAUCGGACCCGGAGCAUCCACACAUUUUGUCUCCUGCCAUGUUGCUCACACAAAAAUCUGCAGCUCUUCCUCCAAUUUGUGAUGACAUUGAUCACAAGAACAUGCUUCAGAGUCACUGGAAGCGUGUUCAGUUCCUCGCUGACCACUUUUGGAGCAGGUGGCGGAAGGAGUACUUGUGCACCCUCCAAACUCGCCAAAAAUGGCAUCACAAAAAGACUGAAAUCAAAGAAGGAGAUGUUGUGCUUCUGAAAGACAAAAGUCAGAAGAAAUGAGUGGCCCAUUGGAAUCAUAGUCAAGAAAGUUGCAAGUGAAGAUGGAGUUGUGAGAAAAGCGGAGGUUAGAGUUGCUAACCAAGGGACUGUUAAGACUUAUUAUCGACCCAUCUCGGAGAUGAUUCUUUUGUUACGUGGUGACGUAUAAGUUAGUUUAGUUGUGGCAUCCUUAAGAUACCAGACGGGGAGUGUUUUGGCUUUGCCAUAAUGUUUUUAUGUGCCCUUCCCCUUUAAGACGGGCUGUUCUCAUAUGCUAAGGGUUUUGUGUGCACUGCCCCUUUAAGAAGCACAUUAGCAUGCUCCGCUCAGAGCACGAGGAGCACAGCAGAGUCGAAGUCCCGACAGAGGAGCAGAAAACAGUUGAAGCCACGCCAGACAAGUUGCUGUGUUUUGGUUAUGUUUUAAGUUUAAGAAGGCAUUCCCUUUUCACACCUGCCAUAUAUAAACGGAAGAAAACCCAUCUUGGCGUCUGUCAUUCCUUGUGUGGAGGUGUUUAACUGACUGGAUAGUGGGAAAGGCUUCCAUGAGUCC